UCUCGCGCGCGGGCGCACUGAAAGUCAGGGCCACGUCAUUCAGUACCCGGAAGUGCGUCGCUGUUGUGUACGCGGAAGUGUCGCUGUAGCAAAGUAGCGGAGGAGGGUCGGAGUCCUUAAAUAAAGUUCUGCUCGAUGAGUGAGCGAUGCUAGGUCGAGGAUGGGACACGCACUGUGUAUCUGCUCUCGCAGUUCCAUCACCAUCGACAACAAGAAAUACUACUUCAUCCAGAAACUCGACGAGGGAGGCUUUAGCUACGUGGAUCUGGUAGAAGGAGCUCAGGACGGCCGUUUCUACGCUCUGAAACGAAUCCUGUGUCAUGACCGGGAAGGACGGAAGGAGGCUCAGACGGAGGUGGAGAUGCACCGACUGUUCAACCACCCCAACGUCCUGAGUCUGACGGGCUACGCCUUCAUGGAGCGUGGAGGAAAGAGCGAGGCCUGGCUCCUCCUGCCCUACAUCAGUAAAGGAAGCCUAUGGUCAGUCCUGGAGAAGCUGAGAGAAAAAGGUAGCUCCAUGUCUGAGAGCCGGAUCCUACACAUCUUCCAUGGCAUCUGUGAGGGUCUAAAAGCCAUCCAUGACAAGGGAUAUGCACACAGAGACCUGAAGCCCACGAACGUGCUGCUGGAGGAGAACGACAAGCCGGUGCUGAUGGACCUCGGGUCUAUGAACAAAGCCCGGAUCGAAGUGAAAGGCUCCAGAGAGGCAAUGACUGUGCAGGACUGGGCAGCUCAGAGAUGCACCAUCUCCUACAGAGCACCUGAGCUUUUCAGUGUGGAGAGCCACUGUAUCAUUGAUGAAAAGACAGAUAUUUGGUCAUUAGGGUGUGUAUUGUACAGUAUGAUGAUGCUCGAAGGACCAUACGAUCUGGUGUUUCAGAAAGGAGACAGCGUCGCUCUGGCUGUCCAAAACCCGGUCGCCAUUCCACAACCCUGCAGCUACUCUGAAGGACUGCAGACACUGCUGAGCUCCAUCAUGGUGACGAACCCUCAGGAGAGGCCCAACAUCGACUGGGUGCUCGAACGAGUCAAAAACCUCCAGAGCUCCGACGGAGGAGCGAUCGAAACCGACAGAGUAUGACGAAUAGAGCAUGAGUUUUAUCUUCUAUCUAGACUGUCUUUUUACCUCAGUAAAUUGUUAAUACAUACUCCAAACACACACACAAACACCUACGUCAGCCAUGAUGAAGGACGUCACUGAUUGCGUAGAAGAUUUUACCUGACAAAUUUGGAUUUUCAGUGUUAUGUUAGCCUUAAAGCUAAUAACUUUUCUGUCCCUGUGGUAACAAGGGGCGGAGCUUAAGCUAAAUUUGAUCAGCCAAUCCCAGACCAGACCAUGUGACAUCGCCACUAGCCUUUUCUUUCACUCAUUUUUUUUGACUCAAUGUACUGCUUAGCAUAAAAUAAUAGUUUAGCAUUUUGAGCUAGCGCAAGCUAACUAUUAUGCUGUGUAAUUUGCUAGAAACUAGUUUAAAUUUGGUUUAUUAUUACAUCCUUUACUUUAGACAGAGAACCACGGGUGCUAGCAAGCUGAUUAAAAUGAGUUAGGUGUUGCAUUUUGUGGUUAAGAUUAAUAGCUAGCUAACUUUAUAUUAACUUUUAUGCAUAAGUAUAUAUAGGUAUUAUAGAAUAAGGCAUAACUAGAGGUCAAAUUUAUGUAGCUAGCUAGUUUUGUUAACAAGCUAGCCAUUUUAUUAUAUCUUUGCUAGUAAGCUUAUUAAAAGUAGGCUAGUUUUUUUUUUUAUAUUUGAUCACUACAUGCAGUAUUUUAUGCUAAACUGUACAUCGAGCUACAAUAAAGAUAAUUAAGAGAAAAGAUUGUUAAAUCGUAUUCUGGAAAUUUCAGUAUGUAUUCUCAUUUUUAUUCGUAGAAUAGUAGGUUAAGUUUACGAAGUAAGUGCAUAAAAAGUAACAGUUAUAGUGUGUAUUUAUGGAAGACGAGCCUGGCUUUUGUGAAGUUUUAUUACAACAAUGCGUCUAAUGAGGCCAGUGGACAUUCGCCAUGUUUGCAAACAUCAGUGCUGUCAAUCCAGGACUGGAAUCAUAGGACAUAUUGUGUAGUUGUGCACCAAGGAGUCCUGCCCCUUCAACUGUAAUGGAAAAUUUGAUAUUAUAUUUAGCUAGAAUUGUCAACAUUAGCUAUAUUUAUCACAUAAAUAUGAAAAAUGGACCUUUUUCCCACUUUUUUUUAAAUUUUCCAUCCCCUUUCAACAUUCCUCAUCAGAGUUGUCAGGUCUGAUACCAUGAUAUCUUUAAUAUACUGUCCCUUCUCUAGUGUGCGAUGAUCGACAGUACAGGUGCAGUAUUAAUUCAUAAACACUGCUGAUACUUCAUUACAUCUUUCUCCAAAGUUAUAGUAAUUCUCAAAAGUUUUAUACACCGAUCAGGCACAACAUUAUGACCACUGAGAGGUGCUGUGAAUAAGACUGAUGAUCUCCUCAUCAUGGCACCUGUUAGUGGGUGGGAUAUAUUAGGCAGCAAGUGAACAUUUUGUCCUCAAAGUUGAUGUGUUAGAAGCAGGAAAAAUGGACACGCGUAAGGAUUUGAGGGAGUUUGACAAGGGCCAAAUUGUGAUGGCUAGACCACUGGAUCAGAGCAUCUCCAAAACUGCAGCUCUUGUGGGCUGUUCCUGGUCUGCAGUGGUCAGUAUCUAUCAAAAUUAUCCUUCAAGUACUGUAAGUCUUUUAAGUUGCAACUUACAGGACUUAAAUGAUCUGCUGCUAACAUCUUGGUGCCAGAUACCACAGCACACCUUUAGAGAUCUAGUGGAGUCCAUGCCUUGACGGGUCAGGGCUGUUUCGGCAGCAAAAGCAACAUUAGGCAGGUGGUCAUAAUGUUAUGCCUGAUCGGUGUAUAACCUGAUGAUCUCCACCACUUUCAAAUGUUCUCAUCAGGCCACUUUUCUGAAUAAAAUUAGCUUCAUAAGGGGAAGAAGCUAAUAGAUGAUGAAAAGGUGUGGCUGUUGCUGCUUAAAAAAAAGCAAUGAAAACGAUGGUACUGCUUAUUAUUUAGGUAGAUAUUUUCUAAAUGAAAUUAGUAAGUAAUGACUUCCAAAAAUACAAUAAAAUGAAAAAAAAAAAAAUCUGUUUAAUUUUAUAUUGCUCAACCACUUUGGGCUCCUACAGCUCUACUUUGUAACAUUAUUUAUUACCGCAAGAUUAUUUACAGGAUUUUGUUAAAGGUUGAAGCUAAUUUAAACUGCUACGUUCCAUGUUUUUCUUAUAUUAAGGUAAGCUACUGUUGCAUAGUAAUCAAUUACUCCUCAGUCAGAGAAUGACUGCUGGGGAUGUAGUAUAAUAUCCCUGAUAACAUUUGUUGUGGUGCGAGUCAUUUUCAUUGUGUAACUAAAUCUCAGCAUAUGCACACUUAGAUUUGGGACCUGUGUGUUACUUUUGUCAUUUUAUUCUUAAUUUGUUUUGUUCUCAAAGCUUGAUGUUUCACUGACAAGGUAAAUUUGGUUUUACAAGGUCAUAUUGUAUGUUAUUUAAUUUGUAUAUAUUUCAAACAGAGAAUCACGUCUGUAAAUAUAUUGUGUUUUUAUUUCACAAUGAUUAAAAAUAUUUCAUGCUUUCAA